CCGCGACGGAGCUCCCGGACCGGCCAUGGGCUGAGACAGAUCCUCGCUGAGCAGCCUGUGGUGAAAGUGACCCACCCCUACUCCCCAGAACAUGCCGGGGUGACCUCCUCCCAGACCUUCCGGUGGUGGCCUACCUGGCCCUCCCCAGGGACACUAUGCAACCCCAGCGUGAUCUUCGAGGCCUCUGGCUCCUGCUGCUGUCCUUGUUCCUGCUCCUCUUUGAAGUGGCCAGAGCUGGGCGACCUGUGGUGAGCUGUCCUACCGACUGCCUGUGCGCCAGCAACAUUCUCAGCUGCUCCAAGCAGAAGCUGCCCAACGUGCCCCACUCCUUACCCAGCUACACCGCACUGCUGGACCUCAGCCACAACAACCUGAGCCGCCUUCGGGCUGAGUGGACCUCCACGCGCCUCACCCACCUGCAUUCCCUGCUCCUGAGCCACAACCACCUGAAUUUCAUCUCCUCCGAGGCCUUUUCCCCAGUACCCAAUCUGCGCUAUCUGGACCUCUCCUCCAACCAACUGCGCACGCUGGACGAAUUCCUGUUCAGCGAGCUGCAACAACUGGAGGUACUGCUGCUCUACAAUAACCACAUCGUGACGGUGGACCGCUACGCUUUCGACGACAUGGUCCAGCUGCAGAAACUCUACUUGAGCCAGAACCAGAUCUCCCGCUUCCCUCUGGAAUUGGUCAAGGAAGGAAACAAACUACCAAAACUAAUGCUUCUGGAUCUCUCUUCCAACAAGCUGAAGACCUUGCCACUGAGCGACCUGCAGAAGCUGCCAGCGUGGGUCAAGAAUGGGCUGUACCUACACAACAACCCCUUGCAAUGCACCUGCCAGCUUUACCAGCUCUUUUCACACUGGCAGUACCGGCAGCUGAGUUCUGUGAUGGACUUUCAGGAGGAUUUGUACUGCGUGUAUUCCAAGAAGCUGCACAAUAUCUUCAACAUGGAUUUCCUCAAUUGCAGCGAGUACAAGGAGAGUGCCUGGGAGGCCCACCUGGGUGACAGCUUAACCAUCACGUGUGACACCAAGCAGCAGGGGAUGACCAAGGUGUGGGUGACACCAAACAAUGAACGGGUGCUAAAUCAGGGGGCCAAUAGCACAGUGACAGUGUCAGAGGAAGGCAACCUUCAUUUCGAGCAAGUGCAGAUUCAGGAUGGGGGUGUGUAUACCUGCUAUGCCAUGGGGGAGACUUUCAAUGAGACCCUGUCAGUGGAGUUGAAAGUGUACAACGUCACCUCGCAUGGACACCAUGACACCCUCAAUACAGCUUAUACCACACUAGUGGGUUGUAUCCUCAGUGUGGUCCUGGUCCUCAUAUACCUGUACCUCACCCCUUGCCGCUGCUGGUGCCGGGGUGUAGAGAAGCCUUCUAGCCAUCAAGGAGAUAGUCUCAGCUCUUCCAUGCUUAGUACCACACCCAACCACGAUCCUAUGGCUGGCGGGGACAAAGAUGAUGGUUUUGACCGGAGGGUGGCCUUCCUGGAACCUGCUGGACCUGGGCAGGGUCAAAACGGCAAGCUCAAGCCAGGCAACACUCUGCCGGUGCCCGAAGCAACCGGAAAGGGUCAACGGAGGAUGUCAGAUCCAGAAUCGGUCAGCUCAGUCUUCUCUGAUACGCCCAUUGUGGUGUGAGCAGGAUAGGUUGGUUGGGGAGAUUUUUGCCCCAGGAGAGGUAAUGCACCCCUGAAGGCUAUGAGGGGAUGGAAGAGAGGGCUGGCUGCCCAAGGGAGUGGGUUCCUCCUGACCUCCAGGGAAUUGGUCACGGGCACAGACAGUAGGCAGGAUCCCAAUAAGGGUGUGGCUGCCUAGAGUUACAAAUAUGGGCAUAUUAAUCCUCAGGCAAAUGCUACACCCCUGUCCAAAGCCUUGGCAAUUCUCAGUGUGGUAGAGGAAGAAAGAGGAACGUGUCUGGGCUGGCUGGAAAAUGAGAAAGGGGUGAGGGGAAGAACAGAUUCCCUAAACUCUUUUGAGGUCAUCUCUAGCUCCUUAAGAGAAAACCAUUUGAAAAAACAUUUUUUUUUCUGUCUCCACCCACACCUGGGAAGUUGUGUGUGUUGGGGGAGCCUUCCCAGGAGCCAUGUUGGGGAAGCUGCUGGUUAAGGUAUUGAAAAAAAAAAAACAAAAAACUUGGAAAUUGAGUCAGGAAAAGGCAAUACCUGGAUCAGUAACACUCCAGAAGGCUGCAGUGAGACUUCCCAUUAAAGCUGCCUUCUUUCCCCAUGAGCCCUGGAUGGAUGGAUCUUUGCAGGAGUCUGGCCUCUUGCCUGUUAGGAAAGGUAACAGUGUGGGUCACAGAAUCUGUGUCUUGUUCCAGGACAAGUGACACAGAUAGGUAUGGCAGGAACGAAAGGGUCCUUACAACAUAGGUGCCAGCACAACACUUGCAGAUGGAGUUAAAUUCCAAAUAGGGGAAUUCCUUCAGCUAGGAAAGCCCUAGAUAACAUUUGAUUCCCAGCCUUUGUGUGUCAGUCCAGAAUGGGGUCUGCUGAAGGCAGAGCUUGUGUGGAAGGCUGCCACAGGUAUGGUAAGUGGGCCACUCCACCAGAAGGGGAAGGGUACAGCGGCCUCUGUGAUGUAGCAGCCAGCUACACCUACCUGGUUUUCCAUGUAAGCCAUCUCUUCAUUCUGUCUUCUUAGCAAGCUCAGGUGGGGUCCUGAGUUUUCCCUAUUAUGCUGUGCUGCAGAGGGAGGAGUCCAGAGAAGUGUGGUUUUUGACCAGGCUGGGAGAUGGAAGGGGCCCAGUAUGUGUCUCCUCUGUGUUGCCAAGGUUGAUUUGCUUCCCUUAGAGAUUUCAUUGCUGCCACAAAACCAAAAGCAUGGGAUUUUUGUUAUUGGAGGGGCUGAAACUGGGUGAUUUCUGUCCCAGAAUGGCUUUUUCGAGUGGGGCUUGAGUUUACUUCUCCCGAGCUACAGGAUAUCCUGUAGCAGAGAUGAUCUGUGGCACUGAACUUUCAGAAGCAAAGUUCUGCCAUGCCAUUGCUCUCAGCUAGAAGUCUGUGUGAUUGUGGCUGAUAGGCCAGGGCAACAUAAAAAGCAUAAGUCCAACAGUCUUAGGUUCCAUCCAAGGUUGCUUAAUACUGUAGGUAUGAAGCUGGCCUCCCCUUGACUUCUCCCUUUGACUGUACUAUAGGCCCAGGAAGUGGCUGUACAUAGUUUCAGCAGGGAGGUGAUCAUGGAAAAGGUGAAAAUGUUCUCUGAUGUUGGUCUUUUUCAGUGUCUUUUCUCUCCCAUGUUUCCUGUCCAUUGGAAGUUCUCCAGGUCCUCUCAUUUUCUGACCUGCUUCUUAGGUUCCAAGGGGUGUUAUUUGCCUGUGGGUGAGGGCUGUUUGCUAGGAGGGCCUGAUGCUUAGGCCGCCUAUUAAGACUAGGAAGUAAACAUCUUCUCCUUGUCUGUUCCUGGGAUCUCAAGGUUGCUGUUCAUUCUUUCUUAGUAACCUAGUUUUGUCUAGAGCAAGGUGCAGCAAAAUCCCCUCAAGUAGUUGCAUGCUCAUAGGUAUGCAUGCUCAUAGGUAUGCAUGCACACCAGCACCUUGACCUCCACCAGGACAGUCAAUCUGUACUGCCCACUAAUGCCAGUACUCUCAGAAUGGUCUCCAUCUAUGUGCACUCCAUGCACAACUUUCUUGUGCCGUAGGAGAGACAGUGAUCAUGCCAGGCUCCUCAAAUACACAGUCAUUUGUACUUUAAUUUCUGAACACCUUGAAUCUUCACCCAUAUUUCCAGGGCUCUGAAUCACUGGAGACGAGGGGCACCAUGGGUUGGAGACCUUGGGAGAAUGGUGGUGAGGCACCAACUGGUUCUUUAGAACCCUUGGAGACCUCUCUUAAAAGACUAUACAUAUAAGACAUUGAACAAGAGCAAUGAGACACCACAAAGGAAACUGGUAGAAGACCAAGCAGCUGUGAGUUGUCUUUCCUAUGUUAACUGUCCUACUACAGACAGAUAGGACAGGAAAGUUACCUGGUUGUUUUUCAGAGACAUUUGAGGAUUAUUGUCAGUAGAGCUAUAGGAACAGGAUUCUCACCUCAGAUUUAUCAGGAAACAUGGGGAAAUCGCUCUUCAUGUUGCAGUUUCCUUAUCUAGGUCUCUGAAUCCUUUUAAAGUGGACGUCAAAUGAAGAAGGCCUUCUGGAACAUUCUAGCUGAGCUCCUGAGGAUCAGAAGCAGCUCUAACUCUCCCUGACUUCAUCCACUAAUUUGGUUCCUAGUUUGAGACACCUUGAAGAUGUGCCUGGCUGCCCCACCAAGAGAACUCCCUGGCCUCUUGAGCUUUCAGUUGGUAGAACCCACAGGCAGCUUUCUACCUGGGGGACUGAAUACUCAACAUACCUGAGCUCCUUAGAACCCUGGGUAGGAAACUGCCAUGUGUGGUUUUAAGAGUGAGAGAUCUCCUCCUCCUCUCCUCCUUACCUUACACCCAUAAACCAGACAUGUCUCCCAGAAAGCAGGUGUCCCUGGAGACAGAAUAUGACAGGGCUCUACAAUAUGUCUAUGUAAUUAUUCGUGAUCUUUUUCUUUGCCUGUAUUUAUGGGGGCCGCAAAGAGAGGGUGCACCCCAGCUGGGGAGCACAAAGCCAGUUGACUUGUUUUGUGUGUGUUAUCUCUGUGCUUCCUUUUCCUGUGUCCAGGACCCUGUUCCUCUCCAUUGUGUAUUUCCAGGCUGGCAAACCUCAGAGCCUCUAGGCUCUGGAAACUAGACAAUAACCAUUAAACCUGGCUUGAG